AUGACCUUCUCGUCACUGCCAGAGGACGACUCUCUGCGCUCCUCAAGCGUUGUCGUCGACAGCCCAGUCCCUCAACGGCGGACCAAGCCCGAUCUUGAUUUUAUAGACGAAGACGACGAGGAUGAACUCAGCAUUGUCUCCCAAUCGCCCUACUUUACUCAGCCUACCCAGAUCGCCUCACAACCGACAGUGAAACCACGAGACGCCGCCAUCCCGUCUUCCCCCACGGUCGUCGAAAAACCAAAGUUGUCCAACGAUGUCGGAAGUCCCAUUACGAGCCCCGCGAAACCUUACGUACUGCAAGAGGACUGGGUCACGCUCCGAUCUUCUUCGCCGGAAUCCCUGCAAUCCAUACGUCCGAAAGACUCUCCUGUAAAGCCUGCCCCGGCACCUCCAGCACCGGCUCGCCGUCGCUUAGUUCAGGGUCGUCGGCGACGCAGCCCGUCGCCAGCAAGCUCACCAGUCAAACCGACGGCAGUCAAACCGACCGAGAAGCCCGCUCCCAAACUCAAGCAGACCAAGAUAAUCACACUCGUUAGCGACGAUGAAGAUGACGACGACUAUGUCCAAAAGAAGUCGGCGCGCUCGCCUGAGCCACAACCGGAACCUUCGCAGCGGAAUCCGGAAGAAGAUGCCUUCGAAGAGCGUGUCCUUAACUACCUCAAUACCUGCGACCCUAUACAAUUGAUGGCCAUUGCCAACGUCAAAGAAGACGUUGCGAAGCACAUGCUCUCUUACCAGCCUUUCGACAGUGUGGCUGAUGCUGAGAGAGUGACAAUGGCAGCAAAGGCUACGAAGGCCAAGCGCAAGAAGUCGACUAGGGCACCCGUUGGCGAAGAUAUCGUGGGCUCUAUCAAGGAGUACACCAAGGCGUUGGAUGGCAUUGACCAUGUUAUUGCUGUCUGCGAGUCGCAAGCAACCGCGAUCAAGGACGCCACCUCGAGGUGGAAGGUCGACCAAACCGGUCAGCCUCGAACAGUGACGAACAAGGAUGGGACCAUUACGCCUCUCAGCGUUGACGGUACGACUAAGCUGGUCGACCUUCCCCUAAGCCAGCCGGAGCUCAUGAGCGGCUGCACGAUGAAGCCUUUCCAGCUGUAUGGGCUUAACUGGCUGUAUCUCUUGUACGAGAACCAGUAUGCGAGCAUUCUAGCUGACGAUAUGGGUUUGGGCAAGACUUGCCAGGUCAUCAGUUUGAUCUCUGCGAUUGUCGAGGAACAUGAGAAACACAGCCAGGAUGAUGAUAGCAACCAACCAUGGCCGAACAUCAUCUUUGUUCCUCCCUCCACACUCGCGAAUUGGGCCGCCGAGUUCAAGAGGUUCGCCCCGGGCUUGAAUGUGACUCUGUACCAGGGUUCACAAGCUGUUCGCGAUGAGAUUGCCGACAACAUUUUGGACGAUCCCGCUAGCCACCACGUCGUUUUGACAUCGUACUCCCAGGUGUCGCGCCAGGACGACAUCUCGAAUUUAAGACGACUGAAGCCAAUGGUCGCCGUUUUUGACGAGGGCCACAAAAUGAAGAACCCCAAGACGAAACUGUACAAAGAUCUGCUGAAGAUUACCGCCACAUGGCGACUCAUCCUCUCUGGCACACCUGUCCAAAACAACCUCAUGGAAAUGAUCUCCCUGCUUCAGUUCGUCGAGCCGGAGCUCUUCCGGGACCAUUUCGAUGAUCUCGAAGCACUUUUCAACCAGAAGUUCUCUUUGACGGCAGUCUCACAGGGCGCACUGCUCCACAGCGAACGAGUGGCGCGGGCUAGGACGAUCUUGGAGCCCUUCAUCCUCCAGCGACGCAAAGAGCAGGUCCUGAAGGACAUGCCUCCUAAAACAGCCAAAGUCGUUUACUGUGAGAUGGACGACACACAGAGCGCCAUUUACAAAGACUACGAACGUCGGUUCCGGAAGACCGACGCCACAGGCGCCAGCAAUGUCGGUCGUGAUAACGACAACAACAAUGUCUGGAUUCAGCUCCGGAAAUCGGCCAUCCAUCCGCAGUUGUUCAGGCGCUAUUUCAAUGAUGCGACGGUGGAAAAGAUGGCCAACAUCUUGAUGAGGAAGGUUGACCAAUCGGAGCUUCGGCAGCCAAAGAUCGAACAUCUUAUCAAUGAGCUCAAGGCUCUUUCAGACUUUGAGCUCCAUCUGUGGUGCAGAGACUACAAGUGCAUCAGGCAAUUCGAUCUUCCGGAUGGGUCUUGGAUGGAGAGUGCCAAGGUUCAGGCCCUGUUGAAACUGAUCAAGCAGUACCAGAAGAACGGCGACCGCGCCUUGGUGUUUACACGAUUCGCCAAAGUCAUUGAGAUUCUGGGAGAAUGUCUUGCCUCGGAGAAGAUUGAAUAUCUCUCCUUGCAAGGAAACACGGACGUCAGCGAACGUCAGGAACUCAUCAACGAGUUCAACGCCGACGCGACCAUCCCAGUCUUUUUGCUCACGACGGGCUCGGGAGGCACAGGCAUCAACCUGACCGCGGCCAACAAAGUCAUCAUCUUCGACCAGUCCGAUAACCCGCAAGACGAUAUCCAGGCCGAGAACCGUGCUCAUCGUCUCGGCCAGACGCGCCCUGUGGAAAUUAUCCGACUCAUCAGCAAGGAUACCGUGGAAGAGCUGGUCUACAAGGCCUGCCAGAAGAAGCUGGAACUUGCCAACAAGGUGGUUGGCUGGUCCACCGUGGAGAUGUCACAGAGUGAGAUGGAGGCCCAAGUUCGUGCUGCCAUUAUGAAUGGUGGCUCGAUUGCAACCCCUCCAUCUGACUAG